GUGGAAGGCGCGACCUGUUAUGGCCACCACUACUUCCGGGUUUCGGCAGUCUGGUCCAGAUUCAGCGCGCUGCCGCGUUUCACACACACACACGCACACACACACACACAUUAGCUGUGCACGAGCGGCAAAGGCGGCUCGCAGGAUCGAUCGUGGCUCCUUUAAGAAGAACUAAGCCAGAAUCCUCACCCCACCUCCUCUCCAGCUUAUUUAGAAGCUUUUGCAUAAAAAAUCAACUCGGGAGAAGCGAGCGACCAAAAGAGACACACAAGAGCUUGAUUUUUUGCGCGCGUUUUUACGAGCAGCGUUGUCGCGAGGUGUGCUAACCGGUGGAAGCGCGGCGGAGGAUCAUCAUUUAUUCCACACUUUGACAAGCUUGCCUCUGAUUGACAGGCCGAGUGGCAAAAAGCCAUGGGACUCGCUAGCUGGCUCUGAGGGGUGUAUUUUCAUAGAAGGUCUGGGAAAGAAGAUUCUUUCGCUUUUUCGUCGCUGUCCGGCGGGGAAAGGAGGAGGACCUGGUCGUGUUGGUCGUGUUUGGCUGAAGUUGAUGUGAAGGACUGCUUGAAAGAGGCGUUUGGAUUUUUGUUUUUGAAAAAGCAAAGCAAAACAAAACAAACAAACAAACAAAAACCCUGCUUCCCUCGGAAACUGCGUUCUCAUUGCUUCUUCAACCUGGCCUCUUAGGGAAUAUAUUUUGCGUUGAACGAAGCUGAGGGAGUGGAGGGCGAUGGCGCAGCGGUACGAAGACUUGCCCCACUACGGCAUGGACGGCGUCGGGAUCCCGAGCACCAUGUACGGGGACCCGCACGGCGGCGCGCGGCCCAUGCAGGCGGUGCACCUGAACCACGCGCCGCCACUGCACGCACACCAGUACCCGCACGCUGCGCACGCCAACGCCAUGGCACCCGCAAUGGGAGCGUCCGUCAACGACGCGCUCAAGAGAGACAAGGACGCCAUUUACGGGCACCCCCUUUUCCCGCUGCUAGCGCUGAUUUUUGAGAAGUGUGAGUUAGCGACGUGCACGCCUCGGGAGCCCGGCGUGGCCGGAGGAGACGUGUGUUCCUCCGAGUCCUUCAACGAGGACAUCGCCGUGUUCGCCAAACAGAUCAGAGCAGAAAAGCCAUUAUUCUCAUCAAAUCCCGAGCUCGAUAAUUUGAUGAUACAAGCCAUACAAGUUUUACGGUUUCAUCUCUUGGAGCUGGAGAAGGUGCACGAGCUGUGUGACAACUUUUGCCACCGGUAUAUCAGCUGUCUGAAGGGCAAGAUGCCCAUAGACCUGGUAAUAGACGAGAGAGAAGGAGGAUCUAAGUCGGAUAGCGAGGAAAUCACGAGAUCGUCGGGGCCGCUGGAUCAGACCUCAUGGAACAGAGACCAUGAUGACACAGCUUCAACACGCUCCGGGGGCACGCCAGGACCCUCCAGUGGUGGACACACAUCACACAGCGGCGACAACAGCAGUGAACAAGGUGACGGACUGGACAACAGUGUGGCAUCCCCUAGUACGGGCGAUGAUGAUGACCCUGACAAGGAGAAGAAGAGGAAUAAAAAGCGUGGCAUCUUCCCUAAAGUAGCAACCAACAUCAUGCGGGCAUGGCUCUUCCAGCACUUGACACACCCCUACCCCUCAGAAGAACAGAAAAAACAGCUGGCCCAAGACACUGGCCUUACCAUACUACAAGUGAACAACUGGUUCAUUAAUGCCCGAAGGAGAAUAGUCCAGCCAAUGAUCGACCAGUCCAACCGAGCAGUAAGUCAGGGAGCCCCCUACAACCCAGAUGGUCAGCCCAUGGGAGGCUUCGUGAUGGACGGCCAGCAGCACAUGGGAAUCAGACCACCUGGAUUGCAGGGCAUGCCAGGGGACUACUUGCCUCGUAGCAGUCCGAUGACCAUGGGCAUGUGCCAGCCUGCCUACGGCGGCCCACAGCUCCCCCACCAGCUGCGGCCUGGGCCUCUGAUGUGUUCCUACAUUCCUGGACAUCCCCAGCACUCAGUGAUGUUGAUGCAUGGAGGACCAGCCCACCCUGCCAUGCCCAUGUCAGCCUCCAGCCCCUCUAUGUUUCCCCCAGGAGACCCCACCAUGGGCGGACAAGUCUUGGACAUCCACGCCCAGUAGCUACAAAAAGUUGCUACAAAAAAUGGAUCCUCGAAAACAGCUGUGAUCAAGACAGGGAUCUGCGAUUGGUUUGCUUAUGGGGUUCACCCAGCAAAUAUUACUUGCUGGCUUGCUGCAUAAACUGAAGAGUUCCUUCUUAGGUGCAGACUGGAUGUGAGAAAGACGCCAGCAUCUGCACACCAUGGGACACGUUCCCUUUUGCAAAGAAUCAAACUGAGACAAAGAGAAAGUUUGAAAUUAUUGCUAUAUCUGCUCCUAAGGGAGAGGGAGGAGAAGAUUCUGUAUACUGUUGUAAAAUUACAUUUGGACUCAUGCAAGAACUGGGAAUUAAGUAUUGUAAAUUCAAUGGUAAUGUUCUGCAUAUUAUGUUGUUUCUAAUAGAUUUUUUUAAAAAAAGGAUGUGAACUUUUUUCUUUCCACACUAUGUGUGUGCCAUCUCCAUAGACUUUUGACCUCCUCCUUAAAUCACCUGCGUUUGAAAAGAAAUAAGUAUGUGAAUAAAUCAAUAAUUGGUUGCAUUGA